UCCGGACACCUCCGGACAUCUCCGAACGCUCCCGAACUUUUCCGGACACUCCCGAACACUCGUGCCAGCACCAUGUCCCCUCCCGUGCCCGCGCUCACCCCCGAGCAGAAGAAGGAGCUGGCGGCCAUCGCCCAGCGCAUCGUGGCACCCGGAAAGGGAAUCCUGGCUGCUGAUGAGUCAACUGGCAGCAUUGCCAAGCGCCUGAGCUCGGUGGGGGCCGAGAACACGGAGGAGAACCGGCGCUGGUACCGGCAGCUGCUGUUCACGGCCGACAAGCGCGUGGAGCCGUGCAUCGGCGGCGUCAUCCUGUUCCACGAGACCAUGUACCAGAAAGCCGACGAUGGGCGCCCCUUCCCCCAGGUCAUCCGCGACAAGGGAGCCCUGGUGGGCAUCAAGGUUGACAAGGGCGUGGUGCCCCUGGCUGGCACCAACGGAGAGACCACGACUCAGGGGCUGGAUGGCCUCAUGGAGCGCUGUGCCCAGUACAAGAAGGACGGCGCGGACUUUGCCAAGUGGCGCUGCGUGCUGAAGAUCACGGCGCACACGCCGACGCCGCUCGCCGUCAUGGAGAACGCCAACGUGCUGGCGCGCUACGCCAGCAUCUGCCAGCAGAACGGCAUCGUCCCCAUCGUGGAGCCCGAGAUCCUCCCGGACGGCGACCACGACCUCAAGACGUGCCAGUACGUCACCGAGAAGGUGCUGGCAGCUGUGUACAAGGCCCUGAGUGACCACCACGUGUACCUGGAGGGGACAUUGCUGAAACCCAACAUGGUGACAGCGGGACACGCCUGUGCCACCAAGUACAGCCCCGAGGAGAUCGCCAUGGCAACGGUGACAGCGCUGCGCAGGACAGUGCCACCCGCCGUGCCAGGGAUCACGUUCCUGUCGGGCGGUCAGAGCGAGGAGGAGGCGUCCCUGAACCUCAACGCCAUCAAUCGCUGUCCCCUGCCGCGGCCCUGGGCUCUGACCUUCAGCUACGGGCGCGCCCUGCAGGCCUCGGCCCUCAAGGCCUGGGCGGGCAAGAAGGACAACACCAAGGCGGCCCAGGAGGAGUUCGUUAAAAGGGCACUGGCGAACUCUCUGGCGUGCCAGGGCAAGUACACCCCGAGCGGCACCGCGGGGGCGGCCGCCAGCGAGUCCCUGUUCGUGUCCAACCACGCCUACUGAGUGACCUCUGACCCCUGACCCCUGACCUCACUGACCCCUGAC